GCGGGGCAGGGUUGCUCUUGGUUCAUAUAUAAUUCGCAGCGAUUUAGUCAUCUAGUUUUCUAAAGAAGAAAAGCGUAAACAGCUUUACUUGUCUGAUCAUCGUCUUCCGUCAUCCUCUUCGCUUUGAAAUCGUUAAGCCGAUAAUAUAGCAGAUGACUGCAAAAUCGAAGCAGGUGAUGCUGCUUUGGCUCGAGGGUUUCCUUGAAGCUUGUUCACUCCACCGUGUUGUAAUUCUCUGUCACAGGUCGCGAAAGCUCCUCUUACGAACGGGGCAGUGUUUUCUUUUGAAUGGUUUGAUUUUCUUAGGAAGUUUAGGCGUCUUUAAGUGGUUUGUUAAUCCAGCCCUUCAGUGGAUAUUACCUGACCCAUGUGUUCCUGUCACGUCUCAAGACUUUUGUUCGUAUAAUGGAUCUUAUGCCUUUCUACGUGGUGGUCUUUUGCAGCUAUUUUACGUAUUCUGGUUCUAUCCUCUGUACAUGCUCAGCUUCAUUUUAAGUAACAUCUGGUAUAAUGAUAUUGCAAAGUAUGGAUUCGAGGCAAUUGGAAAAUCUGACUUAAGCUCGGCAGAAACAUUCAGACAGUGUGAAGUUCCUGCGUCAGUGAACAUGACAAAUGCUGAAAGACCUUCUGGUCUUGGAGGGGUGAUGAUUGGUAUAGGAGAGCAGGUGUAUUCGAUGCUACUCCUGACAUUUUUCUUUAUGGAGGUUUAUGUUGUUGGCGUUAUACCAUACAUUGGGAAGAUUCUGAGUUUCUUACUUCUUUCAUGGAUGUAUGCCUACUAUUGUUACGAAUAUAAGUGGAAUUUCUUGGAAAUUCCUCUUGAAGAAAGGCUCGAAUUCUUUGAAUCUAACUGGGCAUUCUUUGCUGGUUUUGGAAGCCCCUGUGUGUUAGCCAUUUUCUUUCUCUCUCCUCUUGUGAGCGGAGCGCUUAUGGCCAUCCUGUUUCCAUUGUUUGUUUUAACUGCUACAGGAUCAAGAUGUGAAAAAUCUAUUGUUGCCCCAAGAAGAACAUGGAAAUGUGAAGGUUUAUUGAGGCUUCCAAUAUUCUAUGUAGCUAACACACUCUCGAUGCUGGCAUUGUCCAUCUUCCGGUUGGAGUCCCUGCAACAUGAGAAGACAGGCUGAGGGUGAAACAUUAUCGCUGCUUCUCUCAGUCUUAUGUCAAUACUACCGUCCUGGUGAUUUCAAGUGGUCGUGCUGCAGCAGUUUAGGUUUGUGGCUUUGCAAACUGCACAGCAACGAAUACGAAAGAAGACUGUCAUGUCAGAAGUGAGUUUGAUUGUAAAUUAAUAGAAUCCAAAAAUUAAAAUCAAGUUUGUGUUUCGUUCCUUCACUUAUAUUUGCAAUUAAGUUCAGUUCUCCGGCUUGGUAUACAUACAUACAAUACAGGCAUGCUGUUCGUUUACUUAUCAAUGUUCGUUUAGUUCUGUUAAUGAUCU